ACUUGAGCUCCAUUCGACAAACUGUACACAGAGAGGGAGAGCGUCACUGCAGCGCACAUGUGCCAGUUAGUCCACCUGCCACUUGGAGAGAAGGAUAUCACACUUUGAAAUUAUUACAGAGAGAAAGACCCAGGUCUGAAGGAGAAUUCUACUUUUGCUGUUGGGAAACAGAGGCAACAACUUAUAUGAUCAUACUGAUCAUCCACUGGAGCAGAACAACUUUUAGACUGUCAUGGCUCCUAGCUUGGCCCAGGCGUACAGGAGGAGAUGGUGGAUGGCCGUUACAGCCAUCAUAGAGAACCUGCUCUGCUCAGCUGUUCUGUUGGGCUGGGGCUCACUACUCAUCAUGCUGAAGAAUGAAGGCUUCUAUUCCCACAUCUGCAUUGAUAACGAGACUAUCAACACUAACGUAACUUCCUUGGAGAGCAAUGUUUGGAAGAGUUGUGUGGAGCAGGAAGAGAUAUUGAAUCUUGGCUUCACCAUCGGCUCGUUCCUCUUGAGUGCAGCUACUUUACCUCUGGGGAUCUUAAUGGAUAGAUAUGGGCCCCGACCAUUAAGGCUCAUUGGCAGUUCAUGUUUUGCAGCCUCCUGUGCAAUGAUAGCUGCGGCGGCAUACAACCCUGAAGUGUUGUCAGUCCUCAUUUUCUUCGCUGUCUCCUUUAAUGGCUUUGGAGGAAUCUGUCUGACCUUCACCUCACUCACACUGCCAAACAUGUUUGGGAAUUUACGAUCAACCAUCCUCUCCCUAAUGAUUGGAUCCUAUGCUUCUUCAGCCGUUACCUUCCCUGGUGUCAAGGUGAUUUAUGACUUUGGCGUGUCGUUCCGUGUCAUCAUGUGGGUUUGGUCGGGUAUGGCCUGCCUGGUCUUCCUCAACUGCUUCCUGAACUGGCCUGCCGAAUCCUUCCCUGCACCUGAAGACAUCAGAUAUACUAAAAGGGUAAAGAUGAGUGGGAUUGUGACAGAGGACAAGAUAACUGGAGACAGGUAUGUCACUCAUGUCAACCUCAUGGAAGACAUGAUGGAGGGCAAGAAGCCAGAAGCCGAUCAGACAGACUCACAAAGCAGAGCUCAGGGCUCCGUGCCACUCUGUGUUUCUAUGUGCUCCCCUAUCUUGCUGUGGAGUCUCAUCACCAUGGCAAUGACCCAGCUGCGACUGAUCUUCUUCAUGGGAGCCAUAAACAAGAUGGUGGAGUUUCUGGUCGCCCACGGCAACCCCUACCCCUCAGAAAAGCUGCAAAAGGAGGUGGAAGAACAAGUUGGUUUCUACUCUUCUAUCUUCGGUUCAAUGCAGCUGCUGUGUCUACUGACUUGUCCUUUGAUUGGUUACAUCAUGGACUGGAGAUUGAGGGAGUGUGAAGAGGAAAAUGAAAACACACAAACACAGAAGAGCCAAUCAGAUCCUCCAAAAAGAGACCGAAAGAUCCAGAAACUCACAAAUGCCAUGAGAGCUUUCAUCUUCACAAACCUUCUUUUGGUCGCCUUUGGAAUCCUUUCCUUGAUUGACAACCUACCCCUACAGAUGGUGUCAUUUGUUCUGCAUACUAUAGUGAGAGGAUUUAUCCAUUCCUGCUGUGGAGGCCUCUAUGCCGCUGUGUAUCCAGCCAACCACUUUGGGACACUAACCGGCAUGCAGUCUAUGAUCAGUGCUGCUUUUGCCUUGCUCCAACAGCCACUGUUCAUACUGAUGUUGGGACACCUCCAUGGAGAUCCUUACUGGAUCAAUCUGGGCCUCCUCAUCUUCUCCCUGGCUGGCUUCCUGUUGCCGGGCUAUCUCUUCUACCACCGCAGAAACCUGAUAAAGGCAAAGACACAAACCGAUUUGCACGCAGCUAAUGGAUACACACCAAAUGAGCAUUCUGAUUAAGAUUAUAGUAAAUGUGUAAAUUAUUGAUUCAUUUUUUUGUAAUCACUUUUCAGUAGAUUUUGAAUGUAAAAUAGAAGACAUACUUAUAACCCACCUGUCAGACUUCUCAUUUAGAAAAAUUCCAUCACCUAAGAAUGACUGGCCAGCGAUGUUCUUUCUUUUGUGAUGUUUACAUUUUGUGCCCAGUUUAUGGGAGUUCACUUUCUCCACUUACAGCCUAAAUUACCUACAUGUGAGAAUAAGUGCACACUGGGAAAACUCUGCAUGCAAGUGCAUCAUUGAAAGUGCUUGUGUGUAAAGUAAUCCAUCAUAUUAAACACUAAAAAUACAAUACAAUAAGGCACGUUUUAUCAUUUAAGCUUAAGUAGUGCCAAUUAGAGGAACAUAAUUUGCUACCCCAUACGAUAACAGGGUAAUUGUCACCAAUGGCAGCAGAGGGUGCUGUUCAUCAGAACUUACAUAGUCUUGCUUUAAGUGGUCAUAUCAAGAUGGCAAGCCCGAAAACAAUUCCAAAUUGUAGCCACAGUCUCACAUAUACACAAUAUAUAUAUAUAUAUAUAUAUAUAUAUAUAUAUAUAUAUAUAUAUAUAUAUAUAUAUAUAUAUCAAUAUGCAGUGUAGGUGAUGAUUUCCCUUGGUAGUUUCUGCUAUUGAAGAGGCUACCAAGAAGACCCAUUGUAAAUAACCCUCAGAUAGUGUUACAAAUAGUCCCCAAAUAGCUUUAAAUAAAGAGUUUGACAGUUGGGGGAAUGCUAUUUAUUACCUUACUGAAAGUUAGAUAGAAAAAUGUUGUUGUUGUGUGGAUUUGUACAUGUACUUGAUUAGCUAGUUAAGCUAGAUUUUAGCAUAGCUUAGCAUGCAAACUGAAAGCAGCCAGGUCAUAUAUAGGAGUUGCACUAGCUUCAGGUUUACAUUGGUGUGUUUCUCUAUUUAUCUUUAUUAUUGCAACAGCUAUGGGAAAAUAUUGUAAAAGGGAUAUUUGAAUUUAAUUCCUUUGUUUUUGGCUUUAAACUCUAAACUGGUGCCAGAUGUUUCUUGUACAAGAGCCUUGAAUGUAACUUGACCCCAACUUGUGUUUAUUUCAUUUCCUGAAUAUCAGCUCAUAGAAGUGAGAACUGGCAGGAAGUGCUUUAGGACAUUUUUCUGUGACCAGAAGUAAUUUUAUCUAAAAUUUUGAAAAUUAAAUCAAGUGUAUUACAUGUUUUCAUAAUACAAGACAGAACAUUUGCACCCCUGGCUAAAGCAAUCAUGACCUCCUCUUAAAGCAGAAAAUGAAGCAAAUAUUUACUGACAGAGAAACUAAAAUAAUUGGAAUUGUCAACUGGUUUCUCUCUGAAUUACUCUAAAUUCAUAGCAGCAGAACCAAGCAGCCUUUACAUUCACAUUCACAUAGCAUUCAACUCUCUCUUAUAUGUAAUAUAUUUGUAUCAUUCUGUAAAUGCGGCGUUUGGAAGUUUAAGAGUUUUAUUUUAAAAGUUAUGCUGUUUAAUGCUCUAGUGCAUAAUGUUUUUUCAGUCUGUUUGCUAAAUUGUUAAUUUGUUGUUGCGGAUUUAACAAGACAUCACAAUCUACAGAUGUUUUAGCCCAUCAGAGCUCUGUGAUGGUAUAGGGCCUUCAAUGUCAGUAUGAAAUAGUCUGAGACACAAUCACGUCCAGUUGUGAAUCAACACAAUCAGUCCACCCAGACUGCUGAAUCUGUUCAAACUUUGAAUUGAGAAACAAGCAAGGCUCUCCAGUGUACAUGCAGUUUGAGUGAGAGGGGUGUAACUGCCCUCUCUAUCAGAAGUAUUAUUAUUUUUUUAUACUUCAACUGUUCAGAAAAAUUAUACAUUAAUAUGAUCAGAUGCAAAGUACACUCACAUGAAUUGGGACCAAAACAGGAGGGGACAUAAAGUGAAUGCAGUCUCUGUCAUUGUCCUUGGACUCAUAAAAGCCCUGUUAUUAUCCCUCCUGGUUGCAUAAUUUCAUUGUGCAGUUAUAAAAGAGUAUAUGAAUGAGAGGUCAGUCUCACCCUCUCUUAAGCUGGCAGGGCACUGGACAGCCUCAAAAGGUUGCAGAUCAGAGUUCUAUCAGUUUGAAAGCUUGCAAAGUAAAGACAGCCAGUCAGUUCACAACCAAAAGCAAAUGUUUGUCACACUGUCAUGAAUGUAAUUGUCCUCUGAUUUUUUUUCCUACCUGAAGUGGGUGAAGAUCUGUUCUAUCCGUCCUCUGAUUGACUUUGACCCUCGUCAAUUAUCACGCUUAACACCAAAACCUACCCUACCAAAGAGUGCAACAAGUACAAGCAUAUAUACUAGGGUAGGGAGUACCCUGCAUCUGAUUGGUCUUCGCCCACCUCGGGUGGCAAUUAAACAAGAUGUGCCGCCAGGAGGACCAAAAUGAGGAGGAGGAGUUAAUGCAACAGAAAGUAAAUUGACUGAGGAUUUUGGUGAACAUGCUGGUCCCAUGAAUAUAACAAUAAAUAAAUAAUAAAUUACACUUUGUGUGUUGAAAUGACUGGAACAACCAUUCCCCCUCCUCUCCUCCUCCUCCUCCACCAAAGCUUUUCUGCGCAGGAACAAACUUGUUUAAAGAAACCAAAAAAGGGGGUUGGGAAAAGUAGGUAACUGUAUAAAGUUUAAAGAUUAUUAAAGUACAUACAACAGUAAAGCUGAUUUAUUUUACCGCUGCAAUUAUAUAAGCAAACAAUGUCAGAUAUGAUGAAUAAAGAUAUUAAACAGGGCUUCAGGUAACUGUCAAGAGAUAGUGGAUCCAGUGACAAUAAUGGGAUGAUAAGAUUUCUCCAGUGGAUAUAUCAUGACAUGUAAAAUAGUUGUAAUGUGUGCCUGUGUGUGAAAUAUGUAAGCUUUGCAAGGCUUGCCUUGGUUUGAACCAUAUUAAGUGAAAUCUCAUGUACAAGUGUUUUGAUUUGAAAGCAGCAUUCGCACAAAUAAAGAUAAUUAUUUUGUUUGA